AUGACGGACGCGGCUUUAGCGCCCCUCGGACCUGAAGAUCGGGAUCUUUUUAAGCUUUUCAUUGCGUCUUUGCAAGAGGCCUAUGGCGAUUUGUACCGCGACCCUCUCCGAACUCGCUUCAAUGCCGAGGAGCAGGCUCACAACUCUCGCUUUGUCGAUCAAGUCGAUGACCUCUUGGAACGUUUGGAGCGGAAAGUCGCCGGACCCUUGUUCGACGUGUGGCUUUAUUGGAUUCGUGUGAUUGAUGAACUGGAGGAAUCUCGGGUUCUCUCCCGCAGGAAGCGAAGAAUUCUGGUUGAAGAACGAUUGGACACUCUUUCCGACACCACUCCCGCCGCUCUGCCAUCAAACCCCGACGGCGAAGCUUUGGACUGCACGGUUUGCAUUGAUGAGCUCUCCAACCCUGAAAAAAGUCUUAUUCAGCUUCCAUGUCAUCCUUCCCACCUUUUCCACCGCGACUGCAUUCAGAAAUGGCUAGAAGGACACUUGGGCUGCCCCAUCUGCCGAGUUGAAGUUGAACUACCGCCAUGGGAAUAUCCCUGCUGA